UGAAGAAGAAUGGAAGGUUAUUAAAGGGAGAUUUCUAGCCAUCAAUGCAGUAAAUAUGAGCUGUGCCUGUCCACGAAGUCCAAAAGGUCUUUCACCAGCAGCUCAUUUGGCAGAUGGCUCAGCUGACCUCAUUCUAGUUCGUAAAUGCUCCAGAUUUGGUUUUCUACGAUAUCUUUUCAGACAUAAAAACCAAGAUGAUCAGUUUGACUUCUCAUUUAUAGAUGUUUAUCGGGUGAAGAGUUUUCAAUUUACAUCAAAGCUUUUAGAAGACAACGAAAGCAAUGUCACAGACAUAGGAAAGAAACGUUUUGGCCAGUUCUGCAGAGAUCAUCCAGUCUGUUGCUGUAAUAUUGCUAAUAGCACCUGGAAUUGUGAUGGAGAAACUCUGGACAGUUCAGCGAUUGAAGUGAGGGUUCACUGCCAGUUAUUGAAACUAUUUGCAAGGGGAAUCGAGGAAAACUGUAAAGAUGAAGAUGCUUACAGCCAGAGUAAUGUUGAACAAUUACUAUAGACGUUGUUCCUCCAAUGGGGAGAAGAAAACUUGAAAAGCUCAAGGAAAUUGAGUAAAUCUGCAUUUUAGUCAAAUUGACAAGUAUUUUAAAAUUUUAGAUUUUUUUUUUUGUUAGUUUAGUAUCAUUU